AUGGCAACCUUCACAGCCAUGAAUGGGGCUGGGUCACCAAAGGCUGCCAAUGCCAAUGGGGAUUGCGCUGCAAAGCGUGCAGGCUCCUCGGAGCGGACCAGCGGACCUGCACAGAGCUCAGAUCAGGCGCCCAAACAGCAGUCCUCAAGUGACGCCACCACCAGCCACAGGGAGCGGGACGGCUGGGCCCAAGGCGGCCCAGGCCAUGACCGACAGCAGUACUCUCCAGCGAAGUAUGCGGACAUGGAGAGCUCACACAAGCGCAAGAGGUCAAGCUCUGCCGAAUCACCUCGGAGAGAAGCACCUACGCAGGCCGAGAGGCAACAAGAGGACACCCGUCUGGAACGAUCACAGGACUCGGAACCAAGGGAGCGGGAUCCAUACGAGCGUGACGCGCGAGGACGGCAUUACCGAUCGUACGGCGACGAAGGGCGGGAGCGUGGACGCGAGACGGACCGUGAGCGGGACCGAGACUCGUGGUACUCUGCCCAUGAGAGAAGGGAUGACCGGGAUCCCUACAGUCAGCCACCCUCGGCGGCGCCAGAUUCGGCAAACACCGAAGAGCAAAUCGGAGACGCCUUGCGGAGAGCCACGGAGGACUACCCACAGACCAGCCCGGACGGCGAUGACAUGUCGAUGUCUUACUCUGGACAGUACACCCCAGAACAGAGGAGAGACGGCGUGAUCCAGUCGGACCCGAAGAAAAGGAAAAGAAACUUCAGCAACCGGACAAAGACGGGCUGCCUGACGUGUCGAAAGAGAAAGAAGAAGUGCGACGAGGCCAAGCCAGAGUGCAGCAACUGUCUGAGGGGCGGCUUUGUCUGCGCUGGGUAUCCUCCGCAACGGGGGACGUGGCCCAAGCCCGAGAGCAAGGUGCAGACCAUCCAGAUCGAGUCCAAGGACCCCAACUACGUACCGCCAGGCGCGUACGGGAUGCCGCAACCGGCCGUAUUCCCGCACCAGCAGGGGAAACGUGAACCCCUACCGUCCUACCGAGGCCAGCCGCUGCGGAUCGAACCACCUCAGGGGCGCCCCGUACUUACCGACGACGACAGGCUCACCGCCUCGACCCUGCCGACCGCCUCCGUGAUGGACCCCAACGAGAAGCUGUCAGCACUGUCCUCGGCGUACCCCAACACGCCGGCUAACGUUUUCCCGACGCCCGUCAGCGCCGCGCCAGUGCCAUUCCCGGAGCGAGGGCCCAAGGAGUACCAGCGCGUGCCGCCGCUACACGACCUCACCCGGACCGAGCCCGACCUGACGCCACAGAGCACGACGCUGCCGCAUAUCAACAUCAUGCACGCGACACGCACCAACAGCCCGAUCGCGACAUCGCAGUCCGGUGCGAACCCACAGACGACAGCGCAGCUCGCCCUGUCGCACACGUCGCAGUUCCCCUCGCCGAUAGUACAGGCGGCAGGCGGCGCAGCAGGCGGCGUGCCGGGUAGCGGCGGACCGGGCAGCAGUGGCAGUGGCAGCAUCAGCAACAACGCCGGGCGACGGGAGAAGGAUGAGAUGAUCGCGGGGCGGCCGUUCUACCCGUUCGAGAAGGAGCUCGUGCUGGAGCGGGAGCGGUGCAACGCGGCGUGCUGGCGGUUCAACAACAGCACGAACCCGAACAACGGGGUGUCGCCCGCCGAGCGGGCGCGGCUGUUCCGGGAGAUCCUGAUGCCGCGGGACCCGAUCCAGCUGUCGCCGACGCAGUCGAGUCCCGUGACGCACACGGGGCGGGUGGGCGAGAACGUGGUGGUGGAGGCGCCCUUCACGUGCGACUACGGGUACAACGUGUCGAUCGGCAAGAACACGAUGGUGGGGCGCAACUGCACGGUGCUGGACGCGUGCGAGCUGACCAUCGGCAACAACGUGGUCAUCGGGCCCAACGUCAGCUUCUACACGACGACCAUGACGACGGACCCGCGGCGGCGCAACGGGGCGCGCGGGGCGUGCACGGGCAAGAGCAUUGUCAUCGAGGACGACGUCUUCAUUGGCGGGUCGGUGACCAUCCUCGGCGGGGUGAGGAUCGGCAGGGGCACGACGGUGGGCGCGGGGAGUCUUGUGACCAAGUCACAACCCUCGCACGUCAUCGUCGCCGGAAGCCCUGCCAAGGUCAGGAGGGGCAUCGCCUCAAUGUACGCAUGA